AUGUUUUUUCACUUCCGUUUCUGCUUCUGGUUCCGCAAAUUUUAUAACAGAACUCUGAACGGAAGCGGGGAGAAAGCGAGCGGUGCAGCAGACGCGACGGCCGGCGGCACGGCGCGGGCGGUUGCGGGGGCCGCGCGUGGACGAAUGACACGAGCGUCGAGCGUCCAGGCGCGCGUGCUGCCGAUAAUUACCGAAUCCCUUCCACGUAUUUUGGGAGGGAGGGGCGCACGG